CACAGAAUGAGUCGUGUGGUGAGAGCUCCAGCACCAGGAGGAAUGACUUGACGGCUCUCAUUAAAGGGUUACCACUGAAUUGACAAAGUGGGGUCAGGGGCCCCCUUCAGGUCUUUGACGAGGCUUCGUGGGAUGAACUCAAGGCCGCUGUCCCUUCUUCUUCUUUUUUUCGUCUCUAAGAAAGCCGGAAUGACCGCAGUUUUUACACCAUAUCUUUUGUAUAGUGGCAAUAUGGUGGUUAAACUGUACCCGCCUUUUUUUUUUUAAAUGUUAAAGAUAUUUUAUCUUCUGCUCUAGCUGGCUAAAUGGUGUCUGAGCCGUGGAGACAAAAAAAGAAAAAGAAAGAAAGAAGAGCGCUUCCCCCUGGCAGGCAUCAUCCCCCUCAGUCAGUCUGACCGCCCACAGUCCGGGGGGAGAAAGUGCUGCUUUGUGAAUUAAGGGAGGGAGCGGCGGAGGGCAGAAAACUAACUUUAACCCAUAAAUAUUUCACAUUCAACCGGAGGAGGUUUGGACGGUGCAACCAGCGACACCCUGGCCGACAAGGACCGAGGAAACACAAAGCUGGUUUAUUUUUCGGAGAAGCUGUGAAUCAUGGUGGUCGGUUUUGCCUGUGUGGCUUGUCUCUGCCUGGUGGUGGUAGUCAGCGGUGACCCCUGCCUCAUCAUCAGCGAGAUCAACGCCGACAACCCCAGACUGGACACCACUGAGUUUGUGGAGUUGUAUCACACCAGUGGACAGCGGGCUUCCCUGGAUGGCUACACCCUUGUGUUCUUUAACGGAAAUGGCAAUAUAGCCUACAAGGUGCUGGACCUCAAAGGCCACAGCACGGAUGACAGGGGGUUCUUCCUGGUGGGCUCUGUGGACAUGCUGCCCAAACCAGCCAUCCUGCUGCCUCCCAACACGGUCCAGAACGGCCCGGACGCCAUCGUCCUCUACCACACAUCUGCCUCUCGCUACAGUGAGAAGAUGAACGUCACGUCCCUGGGUCUGGUGGACGCUGUCGUCUACAUGACUCGCCGCACUGGGGGUGCAGAGUUCCUCGCUGAGACUCUGACACCAGGAGAACCAGCCUUCGUCGAGGAUGAAAGGGCCCUCGAGGGGGACGAGUCAAUUGAGAGGUGCCUGCUGUCUGAGGAUCGCUGGGGCUUUCAGGUGUCCUCACCCUCCCCGGGUCAGAGGAAUAACUGCACCCCGCCUGCCGCCCCAGCAACCAUUCCCGUCAUUACUGAGCUGAAGCUGGGAGGAGGGCAGGUGGACGGGUUCGUGGAGCUGACUGAGGCUCCAGCUGCUGGUCCUCUGGUGCUGGUUGUGUUGGACGGGAGAACAGACAGGGUCAGUGUGAGCGUGAGCGUUGACGUGAACACUUCCAGGAACGGGUUGAUCUCUGUGACCAUAGAGAAGAACUACAUGAAAGGAGAUGAGUCAGGGGCAGUGGCUGUUUACGGUGGAAGAGCCUCUGAUUUCCCCGUGGGCGGUCAACUGAGCCAGGUUCAGCCUCUAGACGCCUUUGUGUUUGCUGGACCUGGAAACAAGCCGAGUGCCAACCUCACAGAGACUCUCAUCCCAGGCAGAGAGCCCUACCAACUCAGUAACAGUUUGAGAGAGGGAGGCUUCUACCUGAGUCGCUGUGGUGUGGCCACCUGGGCCAGAGAUCCUGGUGUCUUCUGGGAGGCCCCGCAAACUCCUGCACAGCCCAACCAGUGCCCCUGGCCUAAGAUCUGCCCGCACAGUAUCGUGAUUCCAGGAGGUACAGAUUCCCCACAUCACCUCCCACCCUGGGGGAACAGUGACUUCCUGAUCAAUGAGCUGAACACUGACACACCUGGCGCAGCUGAGGACGGCGAGUACAUCGAACUUUGGCACCCAUCAGGACGCCGGGUCUCCCUGCAGGGCACCUGGAUACUACUGUUUAGUGCAAACAACAACAGACCCUACAGGGAGAUCAGCCUGAGUGGACACUUCACCACAUCUAAGGGCUACUUUCUGCUGGGAAGUGACAGGCUGGUGCCAGCUCCAUCACUCCGCCUGCCUCCUAAUACCAUCCAGAACGGACCAGAUGCUGUGGCACUCUAUCGCAGCCCGUUUGGUCCACCAUCAGCUGCACAAAGGGGGAUCCCCACCAAAGGCCUGCUGGAUGCAGUGGUGUACCGGCAGAGGGGAUCCGACAAGGAGGCGCAGGAGCUGAGUAAAGCUCUGACCCCAGGACAGCUGCCUCUGCUGGAGGAUCCAGAGGUUCUGCCUGGUGAUGAGGCCCUCAGUCGUUGUAGAGGCCUUUACCCCUAUGACCUUUCUGCCUUUUCAGUGGCUCCACCCACACCUCUGAGGGAGAACAGCUGCCCCCGCCCCCCUCCAGCCCCUGAGGGUGUGGUCAUCAGUGAGGUGGCUAGUGGCCACUGGACCAAUCACAGCCAGCAGAGGGCCUUUGUAGAACUGCACGGCCCCCCCAUGACAGACCUGCGGGGCCUGGUGCUCUCCGUGUUUGACCAGGAGCGCAGUGGGACCGUCAUUGCCCUUCCUUUGACCGGUUCUGUGGACCAGGAUGGAUUUUAUAUUGUUGGAAAUGUCACUGGAGCAGAUCAGACCUUCCUGGAGGGCUCCGCGGUGCCGGUGCGAGGAGCAGUAGUCCUCUGCUAUGACCUGUUCAGUGUCUGUAGAGCCGGCACUGCUCUGACAAAUUCCAGUCUCAGAGAUGUACUGGUGUUCAGUGACAACCAGCAGCUGCUCUCCUCUCUGUCCACCACCAGAGGGAGACAGGUCAUUCCAGCUGCCAGGUCAGUGGAAGAUGGUCCUGUCUCACUGAGCCGGUGUUCAUGCUGCGAGGUCAGGAGCCCCUCCUCCUGGACGAGCUCCUCGCCCACACCCCACAGCACCAACCUCUGUCCGAGCUCCGCCUUUUCCAGUCACAUUGACCUUUGCCUCAGACCCCUGUCCAGUGACGGGCUGGAGCAGUCGGCAGACUGCAGUGGUCUAAUUCAGGGGAAGAAGGACGUGCAGGUGGCUGACUACCUGGAGCAGAAGUGUCACUGUGGCAUCUCUGCUUUGUAUCUCCAAGGAGCCAACUUUUCCUGUGUGUCCGGGUGGCUCCGAGUGUGGGGGAGCAUCCAGGCGCUGUCGGACCAUCAGAAGGCCCUCAUCAUCCAGACUUUGCACAUGAAGCCCUCAUCUGCACAGGGAGAUGUCUGCUCUGCUCCAACUACAGGCCGUUACACAAGCACAGCGUCUGCCCUGGGGUUACAGAUAGGGCUCAUAAUAGCACUGCUCCUGCUGCUCGGACUAGGAGCAGCUCUGUUCACCUAUUUCUACAGGAGGAGGCGCCCUCUGGACUAUUACACCAUGGAGCUGAGCGAGCAUGCGGAGGGACUGGCCGACCUAUAAUCCAGGCAUCUGGAAGUGCUCGUGUGGGUGGGAGGACUUCAGCAGAGAGAGCAGGGGGGUAAUCAGAGGUUCAUUGCACCUGUGCGUAAAUGAUUGUGCGGUUGUUUGUUGUUGUGCCACCACAAGUGUCCUUCUGUGUGUCUUUGAAAGAUUGCGGAUGAAAUGACUCGCACUUGUCUGUUAACAGCAUGGUUGGAUCCGGUGUGAUAUUUCAUAGCACCGGUGACACUUGUAAUAGGCAACCCAUGAAUUUUAAAACAAUAACAUAUUUUUCUAAAGGUUGGUGUACAACCUUUGCCUAUGAACAGUGCUGGUUACUACUUAUAAAGGAAAAGGAAGAUAAAAGGGAGGAUUUAAAAAAAAAAUUAUAUAUAUAUAUAUAUAUAUAUAUAUAUAUAUAUAUAUAUAUACUUCACUAAAUGGUCAUUCUUCUUGACUUGUUUAUGUUACUGUGGAAAAAGCCUUUUAAAUUAAAAAGUUUAAAAAACCAUGCUAUGCAGGAAGCUCUCAACUAAAUUACCGUCAUCACAUUCUCAGCUGGUACGGCGUUUUAACAACCAACUUUAUUACCAAGAUAAUAUUUGUCAAGCUCGCAUUUAGUCUUCAAAACGAUCAACUUCCUGCUUUGUUUUCCUGCUACUUGCUGUAAUAGUCCAUUUUAGGCUCUAGUCUCUCACAGGGCUUGAUUGUCUUUUUAAAUGUGAACGUCUUUAGCUAACUUCUGAUGAUGUCUGUAACCACUUUUGUAUGCUUACUUAAAGCAAACUGUUUACAUUUUCUUGAUCGAAAAAGGAAUGUGAGGGAGCAAUUUCUUAAAUGAAGAGUAGUUUAUUUUCUAGUAAUGAGAGAUUGCUUAAGAAAAUCAGAACUACUUUAUGUUUCCUUUUUUAGUGGCUCAGAUAUCUGCUGUGCCAUUGUACUUAUUGUACCAAUAUGUGUUAUUUGAUCAGCUGAUUCCUCAUUAAUUUGAGGGAAAGUACAGCCAUCUCUGCUGCAGCCAUAAGUGUAAAGACUGGAUAUGUUGUUAGUUAUUCUCAGGGGUGGAGCCGUUAUCGCCAUUCUGAAGGAAUAACUUAUUGUGGAAAUACAGAGAAUAGUUGGGUUCAGAGCAAAACGUAAAAUAUUUGGAUUGGUUAAGCUAAAUUCAUUCCACUUUUUUAAAUGGAAAUUAUCAUACAAUUGCCAAUACAAAGUGUCAGGGAAAUAAUGUGUAAGCCUUGAUAUGCUCGAUUUUUAAUAUAGUUGCAGUGUCGCUUAACUUGUAAUGAUGCCUUUCCAAUCUGCUGUAGUGCACAGAAUACUUGUUUGCUUUAAUUGUCUUUGCGAGGAAACUUUUCUCCUCAGUACCAUUUUCCUCAGUUCUAAUUUCUCAGUAUUGACAUUGACAUACACAUUGUCAAGCAAAAUGAACCCAAUGAAAUCACAUUUAUUCUACAGCAACACUUUUGCUUCCAUAUGCGUUCUGCUCAUUAGCAAAACAUUUAAAACCAGCAAAGUCAUGUAAAUGAAUUCUCCCCCUCCAAUUUGUUAUGUUAUGUUCAUAUAAUGUCUUUUUAAUGUAAACUUCUAUAUCUAUAGGUUUUGUGUCAAAUGGUACAAUUCGAAAAAAAAACAAAUGUAAUAAAAAAGCAGGAGGAAAUUGCACCACAAGAUUACAUCCUAAAUAAUAUAUUGACCUGCAAAUGUGCUGACUCUUGAAUAAGAAGUGAGAUAUGUCCGCCCUGAAGAAGCUAUACAAUACUGAAGACAAUGUGUAACACUUCUGCUCACCGCACUUGUUUAUAUGCACUGACAACAAUCAUACGAAGUGGAAAAGAAUGAGAUCAAGAGCAGCAAAGUUCAAAUCGAACACAAUUGCAAGAGAAACCAGAAACUGUUCAAUCUUUUUGGGGACUCAAAAAGUCUCUGUGUACAUGCAGAACAGAAAAAAAGUGGAGAGAAAACUUUGUAUCAUCUGCAUCCCCAGAUUGCGAUUCAAAAGCGCUCUUCCAGUUCAUUUCCCCGUUUUUCAAUGCACUUGUAGCAGGUUUUAAAUAAAAUACUUUGAUUUGCAA